AAAUUACAUUCUUAAACAACAGUGUUGAGCAGAUAUUCAUUGUCUUAAGGCCAAGAAAUGAAGCGCGGAAAUGAAGAAGCUAGCGAUGGAGCAAAUGAAGAACAAAUAUCUGCAGAUCUAGAAGGAUCGAACGAUGAACAAAGCGUGAAAAAUAAUGCUCAAGCUGAAGACUCGUCCGAUUCUAGUAAAUCUUCAGUAAAACGGAUGCGUUCAGAGGAUCAAGAAGUUCGGCUCUUGAUUCCCAGUAAGAUGGCUGGAGCUAUCAUAGGAAAAGGAGGACAUAACAUUCAAAAACUCCGCACAGAGUAUCAAGCCCAAGUGAAUAUAGGCGACUGUACUGGCCCCGAACGUGUGCUCACUAUUGCUGCCGAUAUGGAAACAGUCACGAAAGUAGUGAAAGAUGUAAUGAAACACCUGGAUAGAGCUGGCGACAAUGAAUACGAGCUGAGGAUUUUAAUUCACUUGAGUCUAGCUGGAUGUGUCAUCGGUCGCGGAGGCAGCAAAAUUAAAGAAAUUAAAGAUGAAAUUGGAUGCCGGUUAAAAAUUUUCUCCAACAUUCCGCCUCAAAGCACAGAUCGCAUAGCGCAAGUGAUAGGCAGUGAAGAGCAAUGUUUGAAGACGCUUAAUGAGAUCAUUAAGCUGGUGAAGGGCACACCGAUCAAAGGUCCGGUCCAUAACUAUGACCCGCACAACUAUGACGACAUGUACGCUGACGAGUACGGCGGCUAUGGCGUUGGUGGUGGCGGCGGCGGCGGUGGCGGCGGCGGAAGUAGUGGCGCAGGUGUUUUUCGUAACGGAGCUGGUAGCCGUGGCAAUGGCAACAGCGGUGCUACUGGAAGUGGGUACGAUCGGCGAGGAGAUCGAUUCGAUGACCGAGGACGCUCCAGUCGCGGUGGCGGAGGCGGUGGAGGUUACGAACGAGGAAACGAUCGAACGAAUCGUGGUGCGGUUGGUACGGUUGUCGGGGGAGGCGUUACUGGCGGUGGCGGAGGCGGUGCAGCAGGUGGCAUGAGAGACAGAGACUACAUCAAUCCGUGGGCUAAUCCUAUCAAUGGCGGCAACAUGGGAGGCAACUUUGGAAAUAGCACUGGUAUCGGGUUGGGCAGUCUGGGAAGCCUCAACCUUGGCGGCGCUGGAGGCAAUUUGGGUAACGGAAAUUUACCCAACUUUGGCGCCGGUAACAAUGGCGCGAUGGAUAACAAAACAUCUACGCAGGUGACGAUUCCGAAAGAUUUAGCCGGAGCUAUCAUUGGCAAAGGAGGUGGCAGAAUACGUCGAAUUCGAAAUGAAUCGAACGCUUUCAUCCAAAUAGAUGAAGCACUGCCCGGAUCGAAUGAUCGCAUCAUCACCAUUACUGGCACACCGAAAGAAAUUCAGGCUGCUCAGUACAUGCUUCAGCAAAGCGUUCGUGAAAAUCUUAGUGGCACAGGAUCUGGCUUCAACCGCAACUAAUUCAAACGAGCGGGCUGUAUGAAGUGGUGAGAAUGAACGAGAAGAUAUAAACUACACACAUUAUUCACAUCUCCUGAUGGUGAUCGAUGACCGCAAAACACCUGUCCUAGUUGCUGGAGCAAUUUGGAAAGGAAAACAAUAGAAUCGAAAUUCAAACUAAAUACAAUUGGUAACAUUUAAAUGAUUAUUCCUUUAAUACAAAAUUGUUUCAAGAAAAUUGAGCAACUUUCGAUGGCUAAUUAUAAUAUUUCUAAAUUGGAAUUAUGAGCAAAGUGUGAAUUUGUCGGACCAGUGAAUUCCUUUGUUUUACUAGAAAGACCUGAAAUCAAUCAAUCAACAAUGUUUAUGGCUAGAGUUAGUUUUUACCGUCCAAUACUGAUCCAAUAGUCAAUCACAUACAACUUAUUUCUGUCACAUGUCACAUAAACCCAGCUCAAUACACUUCGUGACACAAAAAAUGAAAACAAAACGUAUGAAUGCUAAAUCCAAAGGCAUUUCUUAAUUCUAUUGAUUGUAACAAGUCUUCAUGCGCAGUCUUGGUUCGAAGAGUUUAUGAGCCUUGGUAAUUUUUCACACUACAACAUUCACAUUAUUUCUCGUUUGAUAAGAAUCAAUUGCCAAAAGAUAGCAGAAGUUUGAAAAAGCAUGUUUUCUACCAUUGUUUAUUCCUUUUUGUGUUCCAUUUGUAAUCAAAAUCAGUUGCCUACUAGCAGCACUACUGUAUCUGACCUAAACGAAGAUCGGGCGAUUCCUAAUCGGAGCUACUCUGUGCGAUAAAAACUCAAAAAAGAACCUAAACCUUCCAUGACGUGUUACUGUAUGACUGGCUUUAUCAACUCUACGUGAAAAAAUGGAGCUCUGCAAAAUGACAGCAUACUUAGUGACAUUGGCGUUGAGGUUACGUUGGUUUUAACACAAAUUGCAGCUUCGAAAAGACGCGGCGGUGGUGUACGGCAACCGACUUUUCUAAAAACUAGCAGGGCCAUAUAUAUUCCUACUGUUUUAGUAACCAGUGAAAACAGAAGUGUAUUUCAGUUUGUUAUGGCAUUUCCCGUUGUGAAAACCUUAAGAGUGUCAUGAAAAAUGUAACAGAAAAAGUAAUAGCUAAAACGCAAAGCUCGUAUCAUAACUAAUUUUACAGAACUGAACUCACUGUCAUCUUGAUUUUGGUGACAUUUUCGUUUUAGCCUUAUUCGCCGUUUAAUCAGUGAAUGAUAUAAUAGUCAAAGAUAUGGGAGGUUCUUGCAUUUCAUUAGUUUAGACAACUUCCUGCAAUGAUAGUCAUAUAAUCACCAUCUACCGAUUUUGGCAAAAGCGAAAUACAGGAAAUUAAAUAAACUACUAAAAUGAAUUUCUUUCGCGUACCUACAGAGUUAUGAAUCAUUUUGACACACCUCCAGCCUAUCAACUUAUUCAUCCUAUUCUCAUCGAUGACGCAAAAGCGCAAACAUUAACAGCAAUACAAGAUACAUUACACAUGAUUAAGGAGAGCAAUUUGUAGCAAGAAAAUAUCGAAAAUUACAAAAGAAAAAGAAAGGAUGUUCUACACAUCAUUAUGCUAUUUUGCCAAUUGAACUUGUAAACAAUACAAUGAUUUUGUAUUGAAGAGAUACGUUUACUGAUUUGUUUGCGACACUUAGAGCUAGCAAUGGCGAACAUAAUAGUUCGCAUAUGACCACAUUUUCAAUAGGAUCGCCAGAGAAUCAACUCAUAAUUAAACUAUACUGACGCGAGAAAGACGAUGCUGGUUGAUCCAAGUUGUUGGAAAAUGAUAAAAACCAAAAGGAUUUGUUUUCAUCGAUGUGCAGGCUACAGGGAUAGUCGUUCUCAAACAAAAAAUCUAUACCAAAUCGGAUCUUACCCACACGUAAGUAAUCGCGUGGCAUACAAUAAAUUUAAAAAAAAAUUGCAUUGGUUGUUAUUUAAUCAGCAAAACAGAUCGUCUUCGGUGGAAGCAUGAACUCUCCACUUUUUUUUCUUUCGAAAAUUGACCAUAAGGCAAGUCUUACUAACUGUACGUGAUGUAGAAUCUAGUUUACAUCUUUAAAUACAAAACAAUGCCCGACCAUAUUUAGUUAUAACAUUUUAGCUAUUAAAAAACAGAAAACCAAAGUAUGAAUAGUGUAGAUGUUACAGAUUUAUUUGCCUACAUAUUUCUAUUUGAUCAUUCCUGGAAUAUGUUGAAGAUUCUUUCCGAUGCCCUAU